CGGCCGCGGGCAACGGCUGCUGUGUCGGGCGCACAGUGCGGAAAGCACAGAAAAUUUUUCUGGGAGGGAGAAGGUCUUAUCACUUGUUCUUGUCUUGAGCUUCUUCUCCAGACUCUUCUCCAGACUUUCUUCUCCAGACCUGAGAGCUCCAACCAGCAAAGCAUCCCAGUCUUCGUGCCAAAAUGGUUCUCAUAAAUGGUGUCAAGUACGCUUGUGAGAGAUGUAUUCGUGGUCACAGAGUAACCACCUGCACCCACACUGAUCAACCCUUGGU